AUGCACCCGCUUCCGGCGCCCGUGGCUUCCCGACUGGCGGCCGUGCUCGCGGACCCGGUCGGCGUCCCGCUGCCUGUCUUCAACUCCCUCCUCUCCGCGCUCGCCGCCUCCGUGGACCCAUCCCACGCGCACCUCCCGCUCCACCUCUUCCGCCGCCGCCUACUCCCGCUCCGCCGCCCCGACGCCUUCACCCUCUCCGCCCUGACCUCGUCCCUCCCCUCGGCCGCCGACGCCCUCCACGCCCUCGCCCUCCGCCUCGGACUCCUCCACGCCGAGCCCGUCCUGGCCAACUCUCUGCUCCGUCUCUACCUACGCCCACCCGUCCCCUGUCCGGGCCUCGCGCGCCGCCUGUUCGACGAAAUGCCCGCGCGCACCGCGUCCUCCUACAACACCCUCAUCUCGCACUCGCACUCGCCCGACGACGUGUGGGGCCUCGUGCGGCGGAUGGUCGCCGACGGGUGCGCGCCAGACCGGUUCACUGUCUCGGCCGUGCUGCCCGCGUGCACGUCCGCUCGCCGGGGCAGGGAGCUGCAUUGCUACACCGCCAGGGCUGGGAUGUGCGGGGAGGAUGAUUUCCAUGUCAGCAGCGGUCUCGUGUCCAUGUACUGCAGGGUUGGCCACCCGGACUCUGCACGAACGGUUUUCAACAGGAUGGAACGGAGGAACGUUGUUUCCUGGACUGCCAUGGUGGGAGGGUACGUGGAGAAUGGUAUGUUUGAGGAUGCAGUGGAUUGUUUCCGGGCGAUGUGGCUGAUUGAUGCCAUUCCACCAAACAGGAUCGCGUUGAUCACUGUGCUCUCGGCCAUUGAGUCCCUCUCGGGCUUGGCAGAGGGGAAGCAGGUGCAUGCUUUUGCGGUGAGAAUGAUGAUGCAUGCUGAGGUGUCACUGAACAAUGCUUUGAUUGAUACAUACGCAAAGUGUGGGGCCUUGCAUUAUGCAAGGCGGAUCUUUGAUGAUACCAGUUGGUGCAAAGAUGUGAUCUCAUGGGGUGCAAUGAUUUUGGGUUAUGGCAUUCAUGGUAUGGGUGUCGAAGCAGUUGCUUUGUUCGAUCAGAUGCUUUCCUCUGGGGUUAAACCUGACAGUAUAAUUGGACUUGGUGUUCUUUCAGCUUGUUGCCGUGCAGGUUUGGUGUUGAAGGGCCUUAAUACAUACAGCUCCAUGGUAAAUGAUCAUGGGGUUCAUCCAACCGAGGAGAUGUGUGCCUGCAUGGUUGAUUUACUUGGCCGAUCUGGGCAUGUUUACCAUGCCUUGGAUUUUGUGAAGUCAAUGAGUGUGGAGCCAGGCCCUAGUGUCUGGGGAGCACUUCUGGAUGCCUCUGUUAAGUACGGCAACAAAGAAAUCCAAGAUCUGGCUUCCGGGUCCCUUCUUAGAUUGGAACAAGGGAAACCAUCAAAUCUUGUUGCAGUAUCUAACCUAAACGCCUCUUCAGAAAGGUGGAAUGUUGUUGAACAAGUAAGGGAUACAAUCAACCAGGGAUCAUUGAAGAAAAGAACUGGUUGCAGUUGGGUAAAUCCAAUAUAG